UGCAUGCCUCAAAAUGUUACGACACUGAACACACUCAUUUGAACGACCAUGGGAAAGGUUGUUCCUUUGCUUUCUCGUCCUGUAUAUAUAUAAGCGAUAACGCAUGGAUUGGACUACGUUACCCAGAAGCUUUCGACCACAUUAUGGGUGAGUUCGUAAAUUCGCUCAGUCACUGAUUCAUUUACGAACGCUCAACACCCGUUGAGUAUGGCCGGUGUCAGUAAACCUCGGAAAAAGGCGUAAUUAAAUGGUUGCUAUCAGUGUCACCAACGCUCUGAAUAACAUGAACACAUCAUAACCAGCGCGAGAAAGGGCGAGAAAAAUGGUCAGAGUGAUGUGUUCUCUCAUUUAUGCCAGGAAGUAGCUAGCAUGCUAGUUAACUUUAGCCAGUUAGCUUGGGUGCUUCACUUCCAUUGUGAGGUCAGAACGCUCGGAUCAACCAUACUCCUCGGCCAUAGCGCCCAGUGUGCCCUCCGAGAGCGAAACGCUCUGAAUUUACGAAAGACAAUCUGACAACGCUCUGCGUGUUUUUAAAUUCAGAGCGUUGUCAGAUUGCCCGUUCGUAAAUUCAGAGCGGCAAUGUCCACUGGCACUCCAGAGUAAAUUUACGAACGCACCCUAUAAUGGUGACGUGUAGUUCUGUGGUUCAUCCACAUUAUUCUGAACGUAGAACAGGUCAAGAGUGGUUUCAUUAAUUACUACAGUCACAAAGUCACAAUUGGCUAUCGCAAAAAGGAUAUGGUUAGUCAUAAAGUUAGCGGUGUAUUUAAGGGUUAAGUUUAAAAUUGCAUUUGAAGAAGAUACAUUGUAGAUAUAGGCGGGGUUUAUGACUUAGUGGCUGUGGUAAAUAGUGACAACAUUCAUCCAUUCCGAAACUGAUGAGGCGAUUAGCCUAGAUUUUGUUUUACUACGUUUCAGUUCGGUGGUGAUCAAUACUUGACAAUGGCUGGGGAAAUGUCUAUGAUCGGAUCGGUCAUUCUGGCUUUAUUUCUGGCUGGCUAUCUGGGCCAGCAGUAUCUGCCUCCACCGAAACCCAAAGUGAUCGGCCUAGAUCUGGGGACCACUUUCUGCUCCGUAGGAGUAUUCCACCCGGGUACCGGGGAUGUGGAGGUGAUAGGGGAUGAGGAGGGGCGGAAGAGCAUCCCGAGUGCGGUGUCGUUCACAUCUACCGAAGUCCUCGCCGGUCACGAGGGUCAGAAUCUGGCCGACAGCAAUCCUGAAAACACCAUCUAUGAUGCCAAGCGGUUUAUUGGAAAGAUAUUCGAACAAGAGCUCCUUGAGCAGGAAAGUGCUCGUUAUCCAUUCAAGGUGAUAAACAACAAUGGCAGUGCAGAGUUCUUUGUCACCACCAACCAGACGUUCACAGUUACUCCGGAAUUCAUUGGUUCUCGGCUGCUGCUGAAGAUGAGGAAGAUGGCGGAGCGUCACCUGGGUGUCCCCAUUCAGAGGGCUGUUAUCUCUGUCCCUGCUGAGUUUGAUGAGAGACAGAGGAACUACACCAUCAGGGCUGCCAACCUGGCCGGACUGGACAUCCUGCGUGUGAUCAACGAGCCCACAGCUGCAGCGAUGGCGUAUGGGUUACACAAGGUGGACGUGUUCAACGUGCUGGUGGUAGACCUGGGAGGAGGAACGCUGGACGUCUCUCUGCUCAACAAACAGGGGGGCAUGUUCCUCACCAGAGCCAUGGCAGGUAACAACAAGCUGGGGGGACAGGACUUCAGCCAGAGGCUGCUCCAGUACACAAUGGAGAGGGUCCGCCAGCAGUACGGUGUUCCCCCCACCCUCAAAGAGGACAUCCACCACCUCCGCCAGGCUGUGGAGGCAGCCAAGCUCAACCUCACCCUGCAGCCCAGCGCCGACCUCAGGGUUCCCCUGCACCUGGAGCCCCAAGGAGACGCCAAGCAACCACCACAGGGGCCCACCAAGGACCCAAUCCCAGUCAUUUUCCAAGCAGUCAUCACCCGUGAGCUGUUUGAAGAGUUGAACGUCGACCUCUUCCAGAAGAUUCUGGCGCCCGUAGAGACAGUGCUGGCUGAGGGCCACCUGGGGAAGGAGGAGGUGGAUGAGAUAGUUCUGGUGGGAGGCUCCACCCGCAUCCCUAGGAUCAGGAAGCUGAUCAGUGAGUACUUUGGGAAGGAGCCCAACACCUCAGUGGACCCAGACUUGGCAGUGGUGACUGGGGUGGCCAUCCAGGCUGGCAUCAUGGGGGGCUCCUGGCCUCUACAGGUCAGCGCUAUAGAGAUCCCAAACAGACACCUCCGCAAGACCAUCUUCAAUUGAUCUAGUCUAGAGGUAGCAAGGAUGCCACAAGACAGAUACUUGCCAUAUUAAAGGAUGGUCUGCAUUCUAA